CAAAUGAAUAUUCUACAUUUCUAUUAAAAAAAUAGUAAUAAUGUCUGACAUGUCCUUUAGCUUUUACCCUUUGUCAAUAGUAUUUAUACAUGCAUACGCGCUCCACCGGAGAAACACAGGUUCAAAAACAUGGAAGAUCAUAUCAUCCUGUAUUCUUCUCUCUUUGCUCUCACCCUCCUCCUCGCCUUCCGUUUCUUAUUUCUCUCCAGAAAACGUUACAAGAACCUUCCUCCAAGCCCACCAUCUCUCCCCAUAAUUGGCCACAUCCAUCUCUUAAAACCGCCCACUCACCGUUCACUCCGUAGCCUCGCCGAUAAGUACGGUCCAAUCAUCUCCCUUCGGUUUGGCUCCCUCCCUGUUGUUGUCAUAUCAUCAGCAUCAGCCGCCGGAGAGUGCUUCACCAAGAACGAUAUUGUUUUGGCCAAUAGGCCAAAAUCACUUCCGGGGAAGCAUGUAGGUUACAACCACACCACGGUGGUUGCCUCGUCAUACGGAGAUCACUGGCGCAAUCUCCGUCGCAUCACUUCCAUUGAAAUAUUCUCCUCUAGCCGCCUCAACAAGUUUCUUGGGAUACGAAGAGAUGAAGUGAGGCGAUUUUUGGUGAAAUUAUCUCAUAAUUCACGAGAAGACUUUGCGAAAGUGGAGUUGAAAUCAAUGAUUGUUGAUUUAACGUUUAACAAUAUCAUGAGAAUGGUUGCAGGAAAACGAUAUUAUGGGGAGAAUGUGACUGAAUAUGAGGAGGCAACACGAUUCAAGAAGCUGAUAGCGGAGAUGAUCCAAAUUGGUGGAAUAGGGAAUGGCGGACGCAAUUUCUUCCCGUUGUUGAAUUGGAUUGGGAACUAUGAAAAGAAAGUUAUAAACAUUGCCAAAAGAAUGGAUGCGUUCUUGCAAGGGUUGGUUGACGAGCAUCGCAGCACGAAGAUGGGAAACACAAUGAUCGAUCAUCUCCUUUCGUUGCAGGAAUCAGAACCUGAAUAUUACACCGAUCAAAUCAUAAAAGGGCUAGUUAUGACCAUGAUACUUGCUGGAACGGACACAUCUGCUGUCACAUUAGAAUGGGCAAUGUCUGAGUUACUCAACCACCCCGAAGUGCUGAAUAAGGCUAGAGAAGAGAUAGACACUCAAGUGGGUGAAGAAAGGCUGAUGGACGAACCGGAUGUCUCAAAGCUCCAUUACCUACAAAGCAUCAUGUGGGAGACACUCCGUGUGCACCCAGCAGCCCCUCUUCUUGUCCCUCAUAUGGCAUCUGCAGACUGCACCAUAGGUGGGUACGAUGUGCCGCAAGACACUAUGGUAUUAGUAAAUGCAUUUGCCAUUCACAGAGACCCGAAUUUCUGGGAUGAACCAGAAAGUUUUAAACCAGAGAGGUUGGAGAAGGAAGAGAAUAAGGAGAGCCAUAAGUUGCUACCGUUCGGAUUGGGAAGGAGGGCUUGUCCUGGAGCAGGGUUAGCCCAACGGACUGUGACCUUGACUUUGGGAUCAAUGAUUCAGUGCUUUGACAUUCUGUUUCUCAUAGAACAAUACAAAACGGAAUCAUUUGUAUCAGAUUACGAAAAUUGCAACGGUAGCAGUACUAUAGUCGCGAUUGCGAAGAAUAAUCAACGCCACAAGUCUCCAUCACCGGCGUCGACUUCGAAGCCCCCUCGUUCACUAUUUAAAGUAUUGGCACCUAGUCUUGCUCAAGUUUUCGAAGCAUUGAGUCCCCUGGUUGCUCCACUACCUUCGGCCCCACCAGGAUUACUCAGGCAACCAUAAGAGCUAAUGGUUUAUCUUUCCACUACAAGGAAACGGGUUAACUCUGACGAAAAAAUUAGUCAUAAAAAU